AUACACCGCUUUUUACUUUUGUUCUUCUUGUUUGUUGUUUUUGCUGCGACCGAGAUUUCAAUAAAUCUUUGGCUUUUCAGAUUUCGAUUUGGUAAUUUAUGCAGUUGAUUGGUUUUAGUUGGCUUUUGCACAUAUAUAUAAAUAUAGAUGCGCGGGGGUUCUUGUGCCGUGAAAUCAUCGGAGAAUACCACUUACUCGGUAAUGCAACGGAUUAUGCUCAGAUUCCGACCGAUUGCGCCGAAGCCCGCUGGUGGGGAAGCGGUUCCCGCUGCGGUGGAGCAGGAGAGGAGAAACUGUUCGUCCAAACAUGGAAGGAGAACUAAAAGGAAGUACGUUAGGGUUCGCGGUCGGCAAAGCACUAAGAGAAAAGCUGAGGAAGGCGGCCGAAGAUCGUCGCCGCCGGAAAAAUCAGGAGUUGAAGACGAAGCGUGGCCGGAGAAAAGAGUGGUGACGCUUCAACUUCUACCGGAGAGAUCUGAGAGUGAUAAGAGCUGCGAUGAUAGUAGUGGCCAAAAAGUUGAAGAAAAUCGGAGUAUAGAUCUAUAUAAAGUAGAUGAUGAAGAUACUUACGAGAAGUUGGAUACCGGCGGUGGUGGUGGGACGGCGGCGCUAGGAAGCGUCCGAUCCGUCAUGAAGACGUGGAUAAUCGUGGAAGGUGUGACGGAAAUAUUCAUAGAAAGUGGAGUAGGGUUAGGGUUUUCAGAUGGGGAGAAGAUCAACAGGCUGCAGGGGGACACGUGUCCUGGGUUCGUAUCCGACGGCACGCAUAACGUGGUGUGGGUUAACGAGGCGUAUAGAAAGAUGGUUGCGGAAGGAGAGAUGUGGGGGAAUGGGAUUAUGGUGUGGUUGGUGGUGAAAGAAAAUUUGCCCCAUUAUAGUCCGUCAUUUGCAUGCAGAGUGAGGAUGAUUCAGCAGACAAAGCAUGGGCAUGUGUGGAAUAGAGUAGUGCCGUGCGAUGUGUGGAGGAUGCAAUUCGCAGGGUUUGCAUGGAAAUUGGACGUCAACACCGCGCUAGGUUUGGGCAUUUAGAUGGGGCAACAUACGCCUAAUUUCACAACAAUAUUAUCAGUCUGCUGAUCGUGUCUUUACCUCUGUUCUAGGGUGAUGCUGAAGAUGUGCGAUGCAAAAUAAGUGGCCAAAUCUUCUGUAUAUCAAAUAUAUGUAGCUGGUUGGCUUUGAAUACCAGCCAACUAAAGAAUCAGUUGCGCUGGUUAAGACUUGAGAAAACAAACUUAUUAUUUCAAAGGUUUGAAAAGGAUAACAAGCCUUUUUGUAAGACGUGGUAAUGAAUGAUGUACAGGUGAGUUAUGUAGUCUUGGCAUGAUAAUUGAAACGGCAGCUUGCAGCUUUUUCAAUACCUUUACUUUUAUGUUCCAGUUAUGUACCCACCAGAAUAAAUGAACUUGGUGCCCUAAACUAUGAUUAUGAAAGUUCAAGAUAG